CAUCAGUGCACUAGUGAGACUUGUAUUGAUUGACACUACAAUGGAUACAGAAAUCGAUGAUUCUUUAUACAGCCGGCAACGAUAUGUCCUGGGAGAUAGUGCAAUGCAGAAGAUGGCUAGAUCCAAUGUUCUCAUUGUAGGACUUGGAGGACUGGGAGUCGAAAUAGCAAAGGACAUCGUCCUUGCCGGUGUAAAGAGUCUUACGGUGCAAGACUGGAAAGUGGCUACAUACCAUGACCUAGGCACUCAGUUUUUCUUGACUGAAGACGAUGUCAUCAACCAAAGAAAUGGUAUUAGUAUUUGCAUAAAGUCACAAGUAUUGUGUGUGAUUCUGACGCGACUGCCGAUAAGUCUUCAGAUAAAGGUCGACAACUUUUGUCGUAACCAUAGCAACCCAAUAAAGUUCAUAGCCACCAGCCUGUAUGGCAUGUUUGGGUCCAUCUUUUGUGACUUUGGAGAUGAGUUUGAGGUGAUCGACAAGAAUGGAGAGGAACCAAAGGAAGUCUUUGUUGCAAACAUAUCGAAGGGAAAGUCUGGCCUAGUGACAUGCCUUGAGAACGGAAUGCAUGGCUUUGAAAGUGGUAACAUAGUUACCUUCAAGGAAGUCGGCGGCAUGGAAAAGGUCAAUGGGAAGCAGUUUGUGAUAAAUGUGGCGUCGCCGUAUUCGUUCAGCAUCGGCGACACGGCGGGCGACGUCUUUCAGCCGUACACGACCGGCGGAAUCGCCGUCGAGGUCAAAGUUCCUCAGACCGUCAAGUUUCGUUCGCUGGAGGAGCAAAUAGCCAACCCCGACAUUGUCUCGGCUGACCUACAGAAGAUGGAGACGGCGUGUGACGUGCACGUUGGAUUCCUCGCCCUGUACGAGUUCUCCCGCGCGUCCAGCCGCCUGCCCAACGUGCGUUGCCGCGGCGACGCAGCCGAGCUGACUCGCCUCGCGACGCAGAUCAACGGACGCAUGAAGGAGCCGGUAGAGAAGCUGGAUGAGGAGCUACUGGCAGCCAUGUCUUACACUGCGCAGGGAGCCUUCGGCCCCCUGGCGUGCGCCAUCGGUGGCAUCGUCGCCCAGGAGGCACUGAAGGCAGUCACGGGAAAGUUCUCGCCGCUGCAACAAUGGGCUAUCGUCGUUUGCUUUGCGCAUGUGCAGAAAUCCAAGAGCGUCGUGGGAGCGGACGCGGCGCGGCAGAUCAACCCUCAGCUGCAGAUACUCGCUCAGCAGAACAGAGUGUGCCCUCAGAGCGAGCAGACGUACUCGGACGACUUCUUCACGCGCCAGCACGUCGUCGUCAACGCGCUGGACAACGUCGAGGCGCGUCGCUACAUCGACGGACGCUGCGUCACCAACCAGAGGGCGCUGCUCGACUCCGGCACGCUCGGCGCAAAGGGUCACGUGCAGGUGAUCGUGCCGCACCUGACCGAGUCGUACAGCAGCCAGCAGGAUCCCGUAGAGCAGGACAUCCCGUACUGCACCGUCAAGUCGUUCCCGGCCGUCAUCGAGCACACGAUACAGUGGGUGCGUGACAAGUUUGAGAGCUCGUUCGCGAUGAAGCCUGCGAUGUACAACAAGUUCUGGACGUCGCACGGCCCACCGGACGCGGUCGUGCGCGCGGUCCGCGACGGCCGCAGCCUCGACAACCUCCCCCACGUCGUCAAGGUCGUCUCCUCGCGGCCACGCGCCUGGACCGACUGCCUGCAGCUCGCACGCCGCAAGUUCGAGAAGUACUUCAGUCACAAGGCGAAGCACCUCAGACAUGCGUUUCCUCUUGACACCAAGUUGAGGGAUGGCUCGUUGUUUUGGCAGUCGCCGAAGCGACCGCCGUCGCACAUUCAGUUUGACAUCUGCAACUCUCUACAUGUUGACUGCGUCGUGGUCACGGCGAAACUUUACGCGCAAGUUUACGGUCUCGCCAUCACCGAGGAGGACUUGUCACCUCAGUGCAUCGAUCAGAUCAUCUCUAACAUCACCGUGGUACCUUGGAGACCGUCGUCCAAGGCGAUAGAGACGGACGAGUCGGUGACGCGUCCCGCCGAGCCCCACGUGGCAAGCAUCGACGAUCUUCAGGCCGUCGAGACGCUGCUGCAGAACGCCAUACAGGCCGGACAGCUGGACGCAGGCGACCUUGCGCUGCAGCCGUUGACCUUCGAGAAGGACGACGACAGCAACGGACACGUGGACUUCAUGACGGCCGUGUCGAACUUGCGCGCGUGCAUGUACGGCAUCGAGCCAGUCGACCGCCUGAAGAGCGAUUCGAAUCGGGAUUCCAAAUCGGACUGCAAAUCCAAGCCUUCGCUGCGUGCAUGUACGCAUCGAGCCAGCCGACCGCCUGAGACUAAACGCAUCGCCGGACGCAUUGUGCCGGCCAUCGCCACGACGACGGCUUCCGUCGCUGGCCCUGCGCGACUUGCGAGCUCGUCAACGGUGGCGCUAGCGUCGCCGGCCGCGGGCGGGGCGGCGGGGGACGCAACAGAACGCUUCCUCAACCUCGCACUUCCGGUGAUCGUGGUCGCUAAGCCGGCGCCGUGCCAGUGCACGCAGCUCAGUGACAGCGUGCACAUAACGCUGUGGGACCGCUGGGAAGUAAAAGGUCACAAGGACUUCACUCUCAACAACUUCAUAAAAGCCGUGCGAGACGAGCACGGCAUGACGGUGACGAUGGUUGUUCACGGAGUGAAGAUGGUCUACGUUCCAAUCAUGCCCGGCCACAAGAAGAGACUCACGCAGCCGAUGCUGAAGCUGAUGCGGAUUCCGGCGGGACAGAGUUACGUCGACCUGACCGUCUCCCUGGAGGACGAUGCCACGCGUCGCGAGGUUGCAGGCCCGCCAAUCAGAUACUUCUUCAAGUGA